CUCCCGCACAAGGCAAAUUAGAUCUCAAUAUGAAGCUGCUGUCGAUAGCAUUGGUCCUGAUUGUGGCCCUGACAGGACUCGUGGGCUGGACCAGCGCCAUGCCUGACCCGGUGGCAGACCCGUCAAGAUUCUUUGGCGGGGGGCGUGGCUAUGGAUUCGGCAGGGGUCACGGCGGUCAUGGAUUCAGCAGGGGUUUCGGUUCCUUCGGCGGGGGUGGUCACGGCUUCAGCAGGGGUUUCGGUUCCUUCGGCGGGGGGAGCUUUGGUAGGGGCAGGGGUGGCUACUGGUAAAUUGUCUGUUAACUGCAUUUGUAUUGUCCCAGAAGAAAACAGUUUGAUAUCAAGAUAAAAUCAGACAUUCCGGCUUUCCGGUUCUUCCUGUUAUGAUCUGAAAUAAAUAUUUUGCAUUUC